UUUAUUUGAACUCACGUCACUAUUGCAAAAAAUAUCUUAUUUGGAUAAAAAGUUAAACCACUUUGUACAGUAUAUUGCCCCAUUUUAUUUUCAAAAAAUAUGUCAUAGCAUAUUGCGGCCUUAUAACAUAUAGAAAGAUACAAAUUCAAAAAGACAGCCGCUAAUAAUAAUUCAGAGGACGCAGGGUAAGAAAAAGAUGUCCACAGACUUUGUACCCGACAGUACAACAACAACAGAGAUCAACAAUUGGCAACAGGCAUUGCUCAAACCGCUCUCACUUUCGAUGCCGACAUCGACGCUGACGCCAACGUCGGCAGCGAUAGCAAAACAACCCAGCUACAGGUUCGGGAAAAGGCAACGACAACGGCAGCGACUGUGACUGCGACAGCACAGUUAUAAUAUUGAUAUUGGGCUUUUGCAUUUAUAUUAUUUAUUUGCCAAGUGUGCCCGUGUUGUCGCUAACGUUAAUUGUAACGCCCUGCUUAUCGCAAAGUCUUUACGAUUAUGCACACUAACCAAAGCUUCACAGUUGAGACCAACGUAGAAGACUCCAAAUCCAAAAUGAGAUUGUUAAAGAAUGGAAUGGUUUUCUGGAAUUUGACUAAAGGCUCCGUCAACGCUAAAGAAGCAUCGGAAGCUCUUGUCAAACUGGUGCCGCCUGCCUGCUUUGCCACAAAAAUACCCGAUUCAUCGGGAGACAAACAGAUCUCGAAACAGAAGCAGAAUCUUUUACAGUAUCCUGUACUGCCACUGAAAGAGACCAUGGAUCGUUUUAUGGCCACCGUUCAGCCUCUACUUACAGCAGAAGAGUUCAAAAAACAGCAACAAAUAACAUCUGAUUUUAAAGACAAUGAAGGGGAUAAACUGCAACUACUGCUCGAGGAGGCUGGCAAGAAGGAAUGUAACUGGCUUGCAGACCGUUGGCAAAAGUUCGCCUAUUUACAAUAUCGUGAUCCUGUCACCAUUUAUGUUAGUCCCGGCAUGACAUUCCCCCCUGCGAGCUUUAAAGAUAAUACCGAAUUUCUUAACUAUACGGCCAAAGUUAUAUAUGGACUAUGCGAGUUUAAAGGCGUUGUUGAUGCUGGUAAGAUACCAAUUGUCAAAAUGGGCAAAAAUGAGUUGGACAAUGGUCAGUUCGGCAAGGUCUUUGGCACCUGUCGUAUACCAGUACGCAUCACGGAUGAGCUAAUAUAUAACCCCUGCUCCAAACAUAUUGUGGUCAUAUACAAAAAUCAUUUCUACAAGCUGAUCCCGUACGACAAAGACAAUAAAAUCUUAUCUGCUCCUGUGUUAGCUCAACAAUUAACAUCAAUUAUGAAUGCGGAAAAAGAGCAUGGUAUACCUUUUGGUAUUUUCACCGCAGACACGCGCGAUAAUUGGGCCGAGGCCUAUGAGGCAUUGAGCAAAGAUCCUGACAAUUGUAAGACACUAACAGAAAUACAGACAUCACUCUUCACUGUUUCUCUGGAUGAAUUUGUGCCGUAUGAGCCCGCUAACCGAGCCGAUGAAUUGAUCCUGUCGCUGAUUCAUGGUGGGGGUAGUAAAGUGAACACCGGCAAUCGUUGGAUGGACAAAACCAUACAACUGGUAGUCAAUCCAAAUGGAAACGUUGGCUUCACCUAUGAACAUUCUCCAGCUGAAGGUCAACCUAUUGCUAUGAUGAUGGACUACGUAGUAAAGAAAAUGGAAGCGGACAAGAAAUAUGGUGAAUGCGGCUCCAAUGUGUCCCAAAAGCCGGAGAAGCUCAAAUUCAGUACGACGAAUCCGUGCAUUGAUCAAUUGCUGUUCUAUUCUACAACGUAUGUCGAUAAACUUAUUAAAAAUCUGCAGAUGAAGGUGCUAAAAUUUGAGUGUUACGGCAAGGGAUAUAUUAAAAGUAUGCGUCUGGGACCAGAUAGCUUCGUGCAGAUGGCAUUGCAAUUAGCAUUUUACAAACUUCACAAAGUGCCGGCUGCUCAAUACGAAUCGGCUCACUUACGUAUUUUUGCCAAUGGACGCACAGAAACUAUACGCUCCUGUUCGAAUGAAUCACUCGCCUUUUGCAAGGUGAUGACCGAUUCAGGCACCUAUCUCGAGGAACGUGUUAAAGCACUGCGCGAUGCUGUCAGUGGUCAUCAAGCGUAUGCGAAACAGGCGCUGCAGGGUCGCGGCGUAGAUCGCCAUCUCCUGGGUCUGAAGCUGAUGGCCGAAGAACACAACUUGCCAAUACCCAAAUUCUUUUCAUCAUUGGGAUACAUGAAGUCGAAACACUACCGUGUGUCCACAUCGCAAGUGGCUUCCGUGUACGAGGCCUUCAUGGGCUACGGGCCGAACACCGCUGACGGAUACGGCUGCUGUUAUAAUCCACGCGAGUCUGAUAUUAUCGUGGCUAUCUCAGCGUGGGCUUCAAAUGAAGAAACGGACCCCAUCAAGUUCGCCGCGGCGCUUACAAGCGCUUUCUUGGAAAUGAAAGCUGUCCUCGACAACGAAGCCAUGAAAUCCAAGUUGUAGUUCCAUUAUCAAUUUCGUUGUAUAAUGUUGAUUAAAUUCUAAGUUCGACUAAAGA